AUGUCGCCAUCAAACCACAAGAGCUCGUAAGCACCUUUAAAUAAAUAUACGAAAAUAAGUCAUUUGUUCUUUAAUUCCCCCAGUGGUUCUAAAACAGCUUUUACUUUCCAUUCUUUCCCUUUUUCCUGUCUGUAGAGCUGAACGUAAGACAAAAGGUAAGAGCACUUUGUAUUGGUUUGGUAAACAUAUUCAUUUUUGACGGAUUUUUCUCUUUUCGUAUUGCAAUUUUAAUAUCUCCCCCCCCCGGUUUUGGAAACUUUUAGCACUGUAUUGUUCCUGGAAAGGUCAGCUCUUCAUUCAGCAACAGCGACUGUGUGACAUUGUUCUUCGUUCACCAUUUAGCGGCUCCAUCCCAGCAGAGUUGUAAGUGCGAUGAUUCAUUUCUCUUUGCUCUGAUGUCUCUAGAGGAAUAGCAGGGAAAAGCAGGUGCAUUCUUUAAAAAAAAAUGUAAUAUUUAUAUACCACUUCCCUGGCCGUAAAGUUGAGUAGAAAGCAGUUUAUAACAAUUACAGAGUGUAUUUUUUUAAAAAAAAAAACACUGGAUGGCUUUUCCAGUUUCAAAACCAAAACAUAGUAGCAUCUGUGCUCGAUAAAAAUUACCCAAAUAUACUUUUUUACAUGGUGGGUGUUCUAACUUCUCUCUUUUGUGUGUGUGAGACAGUCAGAAGGCUUCUGAUUUUUGGAAGCAGAUCAUACUCUAUAAAGGAAGCGGUAGGUUGCACACUGAGGCUUUUUCAAUGGCUUUUGUUGUCUAAUGUGAUUCACAGAAUCACAAAAUAGUAGAGUUGGAAGGGACCCCAUGGGUCAUCUAGUCCAACCCCCUGCAAUGCAGGGAUCCCAGCUAGAGCAUCCCUGAUGGAUGGCCACCCAACCUCUGCUUAAAAACCUCCAAAGAAGGAGAGUCCACCACCUCCUGAGGUCAUCUGAUCCACAGUCAAACAGCUUUUACUGUCCUACAGUAUUAUUAUUAUUAUUAUUAUUAUUAUUAACUUUUAUGUACCAUCCUACAGUAGCUUUCUGCUUCCCCAGGUGGAAAGUGUCCAGUAGUUCGAUCAUAAAUAAUUAAGAAUUAAAAUCAUGCACCCCACCACCGAGACUGUUCCAUUGUAACUAUCCAACCUGCCAAUAUCUCAGCACCUCUUGCGAUGCUUUCCGUUUUAACAGUACAAAUUCUACAAACACCCUCUGUAUCUCCUCAACAUCAUUUCUCCUGCAUAUUCCCCGUCUUACCUUAAUGGCACAUGUUAGUUUAUCAUUGAUAGCUAUAUCCCACACCUCUUUAUACCAUUCUUCCAUUUUAUUUGUGCAGCUGUCAGUAAAUUUGUGAACAAGUCCUUCAUAGCCUGUGAACCUUCCACCCCAUCGUAAAUUGAUAAUAAUGCUACCUCUGGACUUUUGGUCAGCUACAACCCAGUGAUUUCUAUCCCUUGUGCCCCCAAAAUUGUACAUAUUUACACCCACACCACAUGUGAACAUAAUUCCAUUUCCUGGCAUCCCCUCCGACAUAACACCGGAUAUUCCUUGUUUAUUUGAUUUAAUCUGACUGGUGUUAAAUACCAUCUCCAAACUAAUUUAUAAUAAUUUUAUUUUAUUCUUAUAGACAACAUUUUCAGCGGAUGAUUCUCCAAUAUUUUCCUCCAGCUUUGACUAUCUAUCUGCCCUGUUGUCUUCUUUUCCUUCCCACACCUCUUUUAAUUUGAUCAAUCUUCAUAGAAUCAUAGAACUGUAGAGUUGGAAGGGGUCAUCUCCAAACUUCUGCAAUGCACCAGUCAUCCCAAACUGCUGCCCUCUAGCUCUAGCUGGUCAGCAAUCUUCCACCCUCCGCCUUUAUGCAGCCCAGGCAACUGGGCCACCGCGCAUUUUGGGUUUUUGCUCGAUGGCUCUCCAAAACAUGGGCAACUCCAAAACACCUGGUUAGGACGGAACGGUAGAAAUGCGCCCAUAGAUUGUAAGGAAGUAAAGCAGGAGUUGGGAAAACAGGACAUUCUCAGCAACUUGAAAUCCGUACUAGUAAUCGCAUUUAACAGCAGCAACAAUAGUAUGGAGGCAUAAAUGGAAAAAUCCACGAGGGAGUGGUUCCUGGCAUGUCUAGAGACAGCAGGAAACUGACAGAUUUAAUUAUUUAGUUUGGGGGAGAAAUGGAAACCUUCAGAACGAUAGGUUUGUAGAGAGAUGGGCUUGCAGUAUCGAUUUCUAGAAUGCAAAUUGCAGAAAGGUCAGCCUUGGAGAACAUUUUCCAAGUAACGGUUUAUGUUGUUUGAUUUUUCUGGCUACUUCAGUAAAAUAAAAGGAACCGUGAAGCAGCACAGUAGCAUGCCAUAAAGCCAAAAGCCCAGUUUCACAAACAGUCAAUGCAGUUUGAUACAAACUCCCAUGGUAACUCGGAAAUAAUUUAUCAGAAAUGAGUGCCAAGCACCAGCCUACUGCUAGUGGACACGAUCUGGUAGCACGUAUAGGAAGGACCUUAGUUUAGUGGUAGGGCAUCUGCUUGCAUACUGCAGGUCCAGCGUUCAAUUUCUGGCAGUUGUCUCCAAGGCAGGGCAGGGAGAGAUCCCUGGCUGAAAUGCUGGACAGCUGAUGCCAAUCAAUGUAGUAGAUGAUAUUGAACUAGUUCAGGAUUGGAUUAUUAUUGGAUUAUGGCAGCCCUGACAUUUGCGGUGCUAAUUCUAGCUCUCACUUUCAGUCCCAGGUUUAGUCCCAGAAAUAGGCAGUAUUUCUCAGUCGCAAAGGAAGAAUGGCUUCUGAAAAUGACGGACUAUAAGGAGCUGGCAAAGUUAACAGCAACAAUUAGAGUUCAAAAUGACGAAACAUUCUUUAAGGAUUGGAAACCUUUUGUAGAAUAUCUGAAGAACUAUUAUAAUUGCAUGGAAACAUGAGCAGGAUUCGAAAUAUGAGCAAGAGUAGAAAGACAUUAAGACUAAUAAUUUAGGGUGUAUAUUUGUUGUUGUUGUUUAGUCGUUUAGUCGUGUCCGCCUCUUCGUGACCCCCUGGACCAGAGCACGCCAGGCACUUCUGUCUUCCACUGCCUCCCGCAGUUUCGUCAAACUCAUGCUGGUAGCUUGGAGAACACUGUCCCACCAUCUCGUCCUCAGUCGUCCCCUUCUCCUUGGGCCCUCCAUCUUUCCCAACAUCAGGGUCUUUUACAGGGAGUCUUCUCUUCUCAUGAGGUGGCCAAGGUCUUGGAGCCUCAGCUUCAGGAUCUGUCCUUCCAGUGAGCACUCAGGGCUGAUUUCCUUAAGAAUGGAUAGGUCUGAUCUUCUUGCAGUCCAUGGGACUCUCAAGAGUCUCCUCCAGCACCAUAAUUCAAAAGCAUCCAUUCUUCGGCGAUCAGCCUUCUUUAUGGUCCAGCUCUCACUUCCAUACAUCACUACUGGGAAAACCAUAGCUUUUACUAUACGGACCAUUGUUGGCAAGGUGAUGUCUCUGCUUUUUAAGAUAUUACGGUAUAAUAAUUUAGGAUGUACAUAUGGAAUGUUAAAAGUUAAACUAUUCUGCAUUAAAGGGUAAACACAGAACAUCAUGGCGGGGGGAUGGGAAGACAGUGGAUAAAUUAAACAUAUUGUUGAUAGUAAAGUAUGUAGACUUUUGAAAACUAAAGAAACAAUUUUUUAAAAGAGACUGACAGGUUGUUGACCUGUCUUCAGUUAUGUUUUCCAAUGAGCCAAGUACUGUAUUUACGCAAACCUAAUGUGCCACCAAAUCUAAUGCGCCCCCUAAUUUUUGCGACGUAAUUUGGCCACCAAGGGUGCACAUUACAUUCGAUUAAAUACGGUAAUUCUUCUCUUACAACGCAGGGGUCUGAGUGCCCGUAGUAACAGAGGGCUUCAUUUGUGUUGCGAUGUCUUGGAUUGUCACUGGACAGGAAAGUUUCCAGGCAUUCCUUGAAUCUAUAACCCCCUUUCCCCCUUUUUCUUUUGCUAGGCCAGCCAGACUAGAGAUCAGGUAUGUUGUGGGCAUAUCUGAGCUGAGAAAAAAGUUGCCCGAAGCUGUAUUUGGGGAAAACAAUUACACAAAUCAUGAAGGUACCGUUUUAAAAUUAUGUAAGCUGUGCAAAGAAUUAUUUCCUUUUUUUAUUAAAAGUGGUUAGUAGUUUCCUUUCAGGGGUCAUGUUUGCUGUCUGUGUCAGAUGGUUAUUGCUUUCAAACUUCUUCUGGAACUUUCCUAAUUUUUCCAUAACUGAUUUCCCCCCCCCCAAUCCCUCAUUUUUUGAAUUACGGUAAAAUUGGAGGCAUGCUUUAUAUAGCCAAGGAAAGCUUACUUACCUAAUAAGGAUCUUGAACUGUUUUUAAAAUGAUCUGUGACGGUGAAAUUGGAUUGGGAUUUUUCAGUUUUUAAAAAUAAGUUUUAAGUUAAGCUAUCGUGAGUCCAGCUUUCUCCCUAUAGAAACGAAAGGGGAAGCGAAACUACCAAACAGCCAAUCUAGCAACCGUAUUUUAAGCAACCUCUCAAAAUAUGGUUGUGAAAGUAACUUAGAAUUUUGCCAGAAUCAGAUUGCAUUUUGUUACGGUUAUACUACUUGGAAGAAGAGUAUUGACACAGAUUUUUGUUCCUGGCUGCCUACCCCACCCUCAAACAUACACCUGUGUUUACAGAAAGGCAAGUCCAUACACAGUACUGCAAGGGGAGGGGGGGAGCAAUCUGUUGAACUCAAGGAGUACAUUUUACUGCAGAGGGUUAAUUCUGCUCCAAGUUGGCUUUAUCUUAACACCCGAGUUAGCACUCUGUUGUGCAAACAUGCAGCAUUGAUUUCUUAUUUGUUAGGUACUUUUGCAUUAGGCUAUCAGGGUUCAUUUAGUGUUGCCAAAAAAGAGAGACCGCCCCACAUUAUCUUGGACUGGACAGCUCUUGAAAUGGAUGUUUGUUUAUGUUACUUUCCAUAUCCCAAAAAGUCUGAGCCACUUACAAAUGCACAUAGCUUGCCCAACAUUUGAAAACAAUGCAGCAGGAAAUAAAAAAUUAAAAAAACACAAAUUUUUUAAAUCUAAAAAGUGCUCACCGAGUAAAAUUUUAUGAAAAGGGCAGAUCUUUCCCCACCCAGCUAAAAGGUGAAUGCCAUAAACAGGCCGUGGGUCAUAGCUACAGUAUGAAGAGAGUUAGCAACCAAAAAGCUUUGGCAAUCAGGAAUGUCUUAUCUUGGCAGCUGAAAGCUGACAGUGAUGAGGCCAAGCAGAUUUCCCUGGUGAAAACAUUCAACAAAUGGGGGAGUAGAGGACUGUCUGCUGUAAAGAAGGACACAUGUCCAUUAUUUACCAUGAGUCCAGUAUUUCACCUAGGAUUUUUACUUACUUUGAGUGGUGGUGGUUCUGUUUUGCUUUCUCUUUUGUUAUAAGCCUUGCAUUCCUCUACCACAUUUAAGUUUCACCCUUUUGUAAUGUUUUAGAACAAUUUUAAAAAGUUAGGAUAUGCAUAUAGGGUUAACAUAUUUUAAAGAGAUGCUCAAUGUGAAUUAUCAGGGUUUCGGCUGAGUGACCCAGUCUUCUCCCCCUUCUGCAUUACUGUUCAUUUGGUUUCUUUAUUUUGUCAUUGUUGUGGCUUUAUUUUAAUUGUGACAUUUGUAGAACCCACCCUGGGAUUCUCAGGCAAAGGGUUAGCAAUAAGUUCAAAUAAAUGAAUACAUAAAUUCUGGGACAGUUACUGCAUUCAGAAGUUAGGUACUGAAUAAUUUUAAAAACAAUUAAGAGUUUUUGCAAAAAUACUGAAAUAAAAAUGUGCUUGUUUUCUCUGCAGUCUGCCAUCAAGGCAUUUUGUUCCGAUUAUACGAAGUGGAAAUGUUAAAUCAAAAUGAACAAAAAGUGAAUCAGUUAACAGAGAGCUUGAAGGAGAAAGAUCUGGUAAGUACAUCAUGCUUUGGAGACCAGUUUUCUGUCCUGACUUUUGUGGAGUGAUUUCUGCCAGUCCUUACCUACUGAUCAUUCCUAGCAAAGUAAGAAUUUGCAUCCCUUCAUUUUGACAACCUUUGUGGCCUAGGACUUCACGGAGCCUCUUAAUAUUCUGAUGUAACAGCAGAGACAGUUUGCAUAGGGAGCGCCGCGGAGAAGGGAUUAACAAAUCAGAAAACUGGGGAUCUAUAAAUAGAAAAAGGGCAGUUUCCAAUAUUCUGUUGCAGCAGGACUCUAGGAAUUUGCUGAUUUAUCUAUUUGUAAAAGUAUUUUUGUACUGCCAGAUCAUUUUCUGUUCCUCGAAAACUUGCAUGGUGUCUCCUCUAUUCUCUGCCUCAGACCCCCACCCCACUUUGCCACCCCCAGUUUGCAUCUUCAGGUUUCAUUUUCCCUUAUCUGCCUUAUUCCUGGACUGAGCUUCCAAGCCAUUUUCAAACUGUAGUUUCUGAAGCUGGCUUGUUAAACAUUUUGUUCUAAGCCGCUCUCCCUGGUCUGGAUGACACAACAGGCUAUGGGUCAGUGGAAGUGAAACUGCACACUGCUAGAGUCCUUCUUCCAGCCAGUGGGAGGAGGGGAGAGCAUGUGAACCCCAAAGAUCCUUCCAGCUCCUGCAGGUCAUGCUAAACUAUGGUUUAGGGCAGGAGUCCCCAGCAUGUCAAACAUGGAUGCAGUGGGCCCUUGAGGUCUUUCCUGGGCCCCCACAAAGCCUCUGAACUCCCCAGCACCACAACACACGCACCUAUACACGGUGCCCCCCUGGGCACGAGAUAGCAAGGGUAGCAAUCUUUCUCUCUCUCUAGGGAGGAAGUUGAAUGCGUAGUGCUCUUUCCCACUUCCUCUUUCAGCUCUGGGCUUUUUAAAGCUCAGAUUAAUUCUCCCGGCUCGGACUUUUGCCCAGAUCCCCUGAAAAAAGCGACGUGCGUUUGUGUAUCUUUCUGCCUCAGGACGACUCUCUUUUCACCGGAGCACAGCUCAAAGUGAAAGUAAAAUGAAAGUAAAGGUCUGCUGUCAAAGCGCAGCUGUCAGUACUGAAAGUGAAACAAGGCUGCACCAGGAGAGCCUGAGGUUUCUACCUCCUUUUAAAAUAGUUAUGAAACAAGAGCAGCAGUCGUACGAAGAGCUGGCUGUAGGUGUGCCUCUAUUCAGGGCCCAGCUGCCCUUGCAACACAGCUGGUCUUGUGGAGCUGAGACCUUGAGCUAGCCAGGCCCCGAUUGAAAUGUCAGCUCCCACAUAAGCUCAGAACAGCAGGGCUGUUGUAGCAAUUACAAGUUCCUAGAAUUGGCAGGGACUCCCAAGGCUCAUCUUGUCCAGCCCCUGCCAUCAAUGUGUGUUAAGUUUUUGGAACACUGAGCAGCAUUUUAAGGAUGCUAGAUUAAUAAGAACAAGUAGUCUUGGGCUGCUGUUGCUUUUACUGUAUUCCAUCCUACUUUUGUGAUUGUAAUUUGUUUUAAACUGUUUUUAACGUUGAUUUUGAAAUUGUUGUAACCCAAGAUUUCUAAUAGAAUAAGAGCACACCCACCAGCAGUAAGAAAAAGUGCUGUUGUGGAACAGUGUUGGCUCAGGGAGACCUUGGUUUGAAUGUAAAAGAGCUCUGCGGGAUCUGACUGAAGAUCCCAUCCAGUCCAACAUCUGGUUUUCUGCAGCGGCCAACCAGCUUGGAAUUCCCACUUUGCUGUUAAACUCACUGUUCUCUGCUACUCUUCACCAGCCACACACCAUACUUUAACCAGCUGUUGCAAGAAUUAAAAACCAACCAACAAACAACCCUUUGGAGAUAACAAAAUGCACAAAUUUGAACUGUAUGCAAUGUACCUUAUGGACAUUUAAAACAAUCGAGAGCUUGUAUAUUGCUUUGAUGGAUCAAACCAAGGCUCAUGCAAUCCAAUAUUCUGUUUUCACCUAAAAAGGGGUGUUAAACUGAUCAUAGCUUGAGAAGGGGAAGGAUCUUGGCUCAGUCGCUGAGCGCCUGUUUUGCAUGCAGACAGGGUCAGGUUCAAUCCUUGGGUACAGCUGUGAAUGUCUGCAGUCUGAAACCUUGGACAGGUGCUGCCAGUUGGUGUAGACAUUACUGAACUAGAUGUACCAAAGGGUUUGACUCCGUAAAGGGUGGCUUCCUGUGUUCCUAUGGUGACCUUUUCCCUAUUCUUUGUAGGCACUUGUCAAAUAUUUAAAUGACCGGGCGAUUCUCAUCCUGCUUUCCUCAUCUGCCUUGGUAAAGGAAAAAGGUAAGAAUAAAAGAUCUGAAGUUUGCUGUGGUUUUAAAAAAUAUAUUCGUAUGUGAUCUUAAUGGAAGAGUCAGAUUUGUAUCUCUUACCAGUCUCCCUCUCUCUCCUCUCUGCAGAUUCUGGCCCGGGUGAAUCUACAUGUCUUCAGGCCUUGUUUUUAAUCUCUUCCCCGAGGCCUAAGUGUUUAACAGGUACUAUCACUUUGCUUGGCCUCGACAGGCUGAAUUCAGGCAGCACAGUGGAACCUCGGUUGUCAAACGUAAUCCGUUCCCGUUUGAUUUCCGAAACGUUCGACAACCGAGGUGCAAUUGCCGGUUGGCAAAUUCCUUUUUAAAAAUGCAGAAAAGUGCCUUGGAAGCCGUUCGACUUCCGAGGUGUGUUUGAAAAUGGAAGCAUUCACUUCCGGGUUGUCGGUGUUUGGGUUAUGAAUUGUUCGACUUCCAAAGCAUUCAACAACCAAGGUUCCACUGUAUUUGAUAGACUCCGCCCCAUGUCACACACAGCCUUGCAUCUCCAGGGACGUCCAAAGAUGCAAACUCUGAUUUCCGCUUCCUUCCAAGCCAGAAUUGAAAAAAGAGAGUUUGGAACGGGUUUCUGAUUCUGGCCUAGGGAGGAAGGGAAUGCAAGCCGUAAUUUGCCAGUUUGGAGGCCCUAGCAAACCAUGGUUAGCACCUAAUAGGAGGCAGAAGGAAACCGUGGGUGGGAUGGGAAGUGGCAGCCCACAGCUUGUCUCCCAAACCAUGGUUUGGAGGACCAUCCAAAUUGGGCGGUAGAAUCUUCUUUCUCCGCCUUUGCAAUGUUUUCAAUUGCACUAUAACUGCAAAGCCAUUGGAUGUCUGCUUGGCCAUGUGGCCAGGGAUAGGGAACCCCAGACCUGGAGGCCAAAUGUGGCCCUCCAUACCUCUUUGAUUGGCCCUCGUGAGUCUUUCAUCCCUAGCCGCACACCCUCUUGAGAGACAUCAUACAGCAGGCCUGCUCUGCACAUUUUCUAAGUACUGGCAUGGCUGGAAUGCCGCCCUGAACUCUGAUAUAAUGCUUCUUGCUUGCCUAGGCUAGAGAGGGGUGUGCGCAAGUGUCUGUGUGUGUGGGGGGGGGAAAUACAAAGAUAAAAUUCACAUUUAUUCUCAUUGCUUUUGUCCCUGCCCCUCUGCCCCCCAGGCAUGUGGCUCUCAGAAGGUUGCAAAGGUCACGCGCAUGCUUGUUUUUCUUGUGAUGGGUGCACGUUGCAUUAAUAGUGUGUUUCUUCUUGGCAGCAAAAGAUUUGAAAUGCGAACACGGGGCAAACAAGAGAUAUUCACAAGUCGCUCUGGUUCUGCCAGGGCUCCGCCAUGCAUUGUUGGAAGCGGCCAAGCACCCCGUCGACAGCGGAGACCCACUCAGCACUUUGGUGAAGCUGCACCUCCAGGAGUUUGCAAAGCUCGAUAAGAAGAAUUUGCGGCCGUCCACCAGCAGCCUCGAUAGCCCGCCCCUCUCCUCUUUCGAUGUGUUCUCGAAGAAGCCUGAGCUUGAAUCUCUUUCCGAAAAGUGUCCCCAAAGCUCUCUCUUCCGCCUGCAGUUUUACCUGUCUCAUCCCCAAAACUAUGCGCUGGAAAUGUCAACGGUUACCGCUUUCCUACAUGGCAAAACUCGGUCUCCCAGAGGCAGCAGCAACUUGCAGGAGGCCGACACUUCUUCAGGUUUGAAUUUGGACUCUUUGGCAUGCGACGAGCCCAUUGGCACGGUUGAAAUGGCCAGGACUCGGCGUGCAGGGCAGCCGGCCCCACAUAGCAAAGAGGCUGAUGUGGAACCCAGUGAGAUGGGAGAGCGGACUUUGGAGCAGCACAAGAGGAAAUCCAGUAGGCUCCUUGUGGCAAAUGCAAGGAAGAAAUUGUCUCCUCCGAAGGAGGUUUCCAGCAAGGAGGACAAAGGAAAGCAGAAAAAAGCCAGAAAGGAAAGUUCGAAUCUCUCCUUGCCAGCUUCCAAAAAUUCAGAAUCGCCUGGCGGUUCUAACGAACCCACCCUUAAAUUAAAAAUUCUUCAGAACCCGCUAAGAAGGAAGAGAGGUGAGUGCACUGUCUUAACCCUAAUACAGAUUUUCUUGCCGGUGAGCACUUUUAAAUGCCAGUACAGUGCUUGGGGUGGCGGUGCAGUUCAAAGCAAUGUGCCUGCCCACAGAGCUACUCUGCUAGAGCCAUUCAGCACCAGAAGUCACGUUAUCCAUGCUGCAAAAACAUGCUGCCUCGAUUCCUGGAAUGUUCUGUCUCCACAUGGCUCCGAAUACUUUUGGAGAGAGAGGUUUGAAAGAGAUUCUUAGCCUCCCAUAGCAGAGUUAGUGCAGUGGUUGAUUGCCUCAAUUAAGCACAUCAAACUCUGUUAGAUUUGGUCUCAUCCACCUUUAAACAAAAUGCUGAGGCUAGAAUAAAUCCCAGACUCUUGGCUUUUCAAAUUGGAAAUCUAAGAUAAGCAGUUGUAUGAAUUUUACCUUUUUAUUAUUUAUUUAUUUCGUAUGCAGUCUUUCCUUUACCUGCAGGCUGUAAAAAUCUGUUUUACCAUGUGGCGGCUAGCUUCUUCCAAAGAGGGAGGGAGAGGGAGAGAGAGAGAGAGAGAGAGGUUGAGGGAGAAGCAAAGGCUGGUGGGAGCACUGGCGGAGGAAGAGGCGUGCGGGGAGAGCGCACCACCCCCAGCUGCGCGAUCCCGGCGUGGUGCCAUCGCGACUGCCCCCUGACCUGCGCUGGGUGCCACGCCCCUUUGGGCAGCACACCAUGCCCCGAAGACGCGCUCCACGCCCCUACAGACACGCGCCAACUGCACCCCGCCUGCUCUCUGCCCCCCCCUUCCAGAGCAUGAAGCUCCAUCACUGGGUGGGAGCCUGCUGAGUCCCACCUAUGGUAACUUGAGCUCGGGGCUCAGGUUAACCCUUUCAUGCACACAAGUGUGAGCCAGUAACUGUAUAAUACAGCAAAUACCAGUUGCUGGAAAUCAGAAGUUUGGAGAGCCUUGUGCCGUGGGUUGCAUCAGCUCUUGGGCAACUCUCCAGAGGUUGCAUAGCAGCAGUGGGUGUGGCCACUCCACACACACACACCCCUUGAUAUACACAGGCACACGGUUCCCUCCUCCCCAUUCAGCUUACUGGUGCAGAUCAGCGCUGAGUCCUGUUUAUGUAUUUAUUGUUUCCUGCUGCUGCAACAAUUAAUUGGGUGUUGUUGUUUUUUUGCCGGGGUGCAGAAAGAAUUGCUUGGAGGGCUCUUUCAGGCCUCCAGACUAGGGGUGCACUGUCACUGCUCUAAACACUCUUGAGACCCAGGGCACUGGAAGGAUGGCCCGUUUUUUCCAUGAAGCUGCUCAGCAACUGAGAUCCUCCGUUUGCAUCAUGAAUGCAUGCAUGCAUUUAUUUCAAGGGUUUAUGUAACACUUAACACGGUAGUCUCUUAACUGGUGUACAGUAAUGGUCAAAAGAUAAAGCAAAGGUAAAUCAGUUAAAAUUAAUCCCCUACACCCCCCCCCCCCAAAAAAAAUCAGAAAACAUACUUAAAAUGCCUGCUGGAGUACAUUCAUACCUUGGGAUAAACGUGCUUCAAGUUAAGUAUUUCCGGGUUGCGCUCCGCGGUGACCCGGAAGUAACGGAGCGGGUUACUUCCGGGUUCCGCCGCGCGCGCAUGCGCAGACAGUCAAGAUGAUGUCACGUGCAUGCGCAGAAGUGGCGACACGCGGAUGCGGGUUGCGUUCGCUUCAGGAUGCGAACGGGGCUCCGGAACGAAUCCCGUUCGCAUCCUGAGGUACCACUGUAUUUAAAAAUGUCUUCAGUAGGUGCUGGAAUUUCAAGAGGGAGGGGGCCUUUCUGCUCUCAGCUGGGAGGGACUUCCAUAGGAUAAAGCCAGUGAUGUUUAAUCCCCCACCCCGGCUCCUGGUGGGUGCAAGCUAUGUGACCGAGCCACAUGGGGCCUGGGAGGCCCUUCUGUGGGUGCCCCUGACACUGGAGGUUAGAUGAGUGGCUGAGCCUCACUGAUGCACCUCCCUCCCAUGGCAGAUCUGCCUGGCACCUUCCUGGGCAUGUUGGGGUCUGAACUGGGCAUCGCCCACAUGCAAAGCAGUUAGGGCUCUUCAUCGAUCUGAGCAUGGGGCAAGUAAUGUUUGAAUUGGGCCAGCAUUCGUGUGGAUCAUAUUGGGCUCUCUGCAAGGAUUUUAUCGCUUCCUUACGCCUUAUUCCUUCUUGACGCUAGAGACCUUUCUUUUCUCGUAGGCGCUGAGGUUUUGUCUGCGGAAUUCGUUCAGCAAAUGCCGUGCGAGUCUGCUGUGAAGGCCGCCCCGUCUUCUGAGAGCCUUGGAGUGGAAGAGAAGAAGUCCCGGGUCUCGAAACAAAAAAAAGACUCCACCGCAGAAAAAGUUUCGAGCGAGAAGAUGAGCACGAGGAACCAAAGUAAGAGGACGGUGCUUGAAACGCAAAAUCGGAAUUAGGAUUAAGAUGACGCUUUGGCUUGGCUUCCCCUUGAAAGGAUGAGCAGCUGGAGGCUGGUGUUUUCCCUCCCGCCCCAAGGACGUUUUUUUCCCUUUGCGUCACCCUCCCCAUGGCAUGGGCAAAGGGCUUUCUAAUGCCUUUGCUUUCUAAUGCCCCCCCCCCCCCCGCAUCCUGGUGGCAUCUUAUGCUCCUGCGCUUGCAUGGACCAAGGCACAAGAGCGGUCCUGCCACACAGGUGAAAGAUGAAGCUGAAGGGCCUUUGCCUUUUAGUUGAGUGUAGCCCAAGAUGACUGACGCUUUUAGUCCUUCCUGGGUUGACAGUUGUAGACCCUACUUCAAAACAGUGAACAAAGGGACCUGGGUCAGGCAGCGACCAAGACGCUGAGUCAGAUGUUGUAAAGUCAAUGGGGCUGAUGACUCUGAGCCUGAUACUAGUCACCGGAGGGCCACUAAACCCCAAGCUGGUGGGCACGAGUCCCAUGGACCACAUCCCAGAGCGCCAGGUCCCAUAGAGACAGAGACAGGACCCCCAUGGGUGUCUCUCUCUGAACCUGUGGAACUGAGUGCCUCCCAACGUGCCAACAGUGCAGGGAGUGCAGGAGAAGGUACCUGCCUGCGGGCCAGAAAGUUGGCCCUUUUAGUUCCUAGAAAGGGAGGUGGGUUUCUUGAAGCACGUGGUUCGUAGUGCUUCCUGGGGGUUCAUCAUCAGGAAAGUGAAGGUGCUCAGGAAACUAUGGCUACCGGAGUUUGAUGGGAUUUCUCUAUAACUACCAUGUUGGCCUGAAUAUAAGCCGCACUUUCCCCCCAAAUUCCAACCAUGAAAAGUUUAAGUGUGGCUUAUAUUUACGGCCUUAGCUAGGAGUGCAGUGAAGCAGCCUCCUCCCCGUGCAUAUUCCCCCGUCCUCUCCCGCCAAGGCUGGGAAGGGAGAGAGAGCGAGGAAGGGAAAAGGCUGCUGGUAACACAGCCCCCCCAUCCCAAGUAUGGAGCCAGGAGCAGUGAGGAAGGGAGCGGCUUAUAUUAGGGUAUUUAUUUAUUUAUUUCCUCCCCCCCUCCAAUUUUAAAGGUGCAGCUUGUCUUUGGGUGUGGCUUAUUUGGGCCAAUACGGUAGCUACAGUCAUGGGGAAAAGAAAGUACAUCUUUUUUGAUUUCUGUGGUUUUACAUAUGGCAUAAUAAAAAUAAUCUGUUUCUUAGGAGUUCCAAGGUUGUAUUUACCUGAUUUAAAGACGUGCUAAGAAACAGAUCAUUGUUAAGAUGUCCUCAUAUGUAAGACCACAGAACUUAAAGAGGGUGUACUUUCUUUUUCCCAUAACUGUAUAACUUUAUCUGUAACUAAUUGAAUUGGUCUGUAACUAACUAUAACAACAGCUAGAGAGAGAGCCUUUUAAAAUCCUACCUUUCCUCCUAAGAGCAACAUACAAGGCUCUCUUCUCCCUCUCUGGCCACUUUGUCCUUACAAUGACCCUGCGAGGAAGGUUCAUGACUGAACAGGGAUUGGGAAUGUUAGCACGAAACCACAAGUGCUGCACCAUAUUGGCUCUCAAAAAACCAGUAGCCUUUAAUGGUGCUUUUUCGUAAGGGUGGAACUGUCUUAGCAGCCCGCUCUGAAACUUGCUCCUUUUCUUACGCAGUGAAGAGGAAAAGUUCCCAUCAGCGGGAGGACGAAUUCCCUCCGGCUAGCGAUGAGAACGAUCCUUCGAGCGAGAGAAGCCCGGCCCAGGAUGCUUGCCCAUCUCCCAAAGUGCUCAACUGCGACUCCCACGCCUUGAACCUGUUGGCCGACCUGGCACUAAGCUCCAACUCCCCGCUGCUCAGCAACAGCAGUGGAGCCUCCUUGCCCCCCAGCCCCUCCCGGGAGCGCCGCCGCUUGCACAAAGGGAAACAUUCGGACAAGUCUUCGGAUCACGAAUAUCACAGAGUGACGAAGAAGCUGAAAACAGCUUCCUUCUCUGGCAAGAUGGGCCCAGAGUCUGAUUUGUCUCCUGAGCAAAGUGGUGAGGGCAGAGAGUCUCCUUCCAGCUCUCAUGAAAACAACCCCGCGAGUUCCAGCAAAAGGCGGGCUGCGAAACCCAGUUUGGCGACACCUCCAAGGGAGACGGGUUAUCUUUCGGAUUCGAGCAUUCACUCCUUGAUUUCUUCUGAGCACUCGUACGCCUCCCCGGUGUCUGAGUCUUGCAAGAAGGGGGCCCCGGGCACCAAGAACGGUGUGAAGAAUGCCAGGCUGGGGCCUUUAGUUGGAAAAGUCAUGCCUUUCCGGCACCAGCAGAGGAUCUGCCACCCUCACAAGCAGUUGAGGGGCUACAUACCAUUCACGCGCUCUGCCGUCAUGGCCGCGAGGUUGAAGGAAGACUUCUCCAAGUCCCAUAAAGUGACCUUUUGCGACAAAACUGUCAAAGUGACUUUCCAGUGGGAGGCAGACUACCCGCCCAACUUAGAUAGCAAAUACACUAAUAAUAUCUUAGAGAGAACAGUAGUUCGAGCUGUACACGGGUAAGUAAUUCCCAGCUUUGGAAAGAUACUCAUUGUAUGAAAUGCAUUCAAGCCACAAGUAAGAUAAAUAAAAUCAUAACUAAAAAGGUAAAGGACCCAUGACAGCAAAGUCCAGUCACAGAUGACUCUGGGGUUGCGAUGCUCAUCUCGCUUUUCAGGCCGAGGGAGCCGGCAUUUGUCUGCAGACAGUUUUUCCUGGUCACGUGGCCAACAUGACUAAGCCGCUUCUGGUGCAACCAGAGCAGCACACGGAAAUGCUAUUUACCUUCCCGCCGGAGUGGUACCUAUUUAUCUACUUGCACUUUGGGGGGGCAUGCUUUCAAACUGCUAGGUUGGCAGGAGCUGGGACCAAGCAACGGGAGCUCACCCCAUCGUGGGGAUUCGAACUGCCGACCUUCUGAUCGGCAAGCCCAAGAGGCUCAGUGGUUUAGACCACAGCGCCACCCGUGUCCCUUCAUAACUAGGUAGAAUUAAAAGCCUGGCAAUAGUGGUGAGAAUGCAGAUAGGAGCUGGGUGAUCUCUCCAGGAUCAUGAACCGUGGCCCAGAGAACAAGGGCAUUUGGAGGCUGGCCUUUCAAUGCCUUGGGCAGAUCGUAGGGGCCUUCUGGCAGGUUCUUGGGGCCAACGAGCCAUUAUAUAGCUAUAUAGGCAACUCUCCACUCAUGUGGUGGUUAUGGUCCAGGGAUAGUGUGUAAGGCCAAAAUCACAUAUAGUCAAAACAUAUAUAUUUGCCAAGUAUGUAAAGCUGAAUGUGCACAGGUUAAAUGAGCAUAAGUUGUGAGUUACAUCUGUGUGUGUACAACCUCUUCUUGAGAAGCGCAGAGCCUUAAAUGGACAGGAAUCUGGUCAUUUGGUUGCCUCUCUGCUGAGUUGAGAAGGGCACAGUCCACAGUACACCAGGGUACACAGUACACUUGCGACAUCAUCUGAUGGGCAGGAAGUUGGGGUUAAAUCCUCAGUUUGGCUGUGUACCCGUUCCCUGCUUGGAACAGACACGAACAGCCAACACAGGAUAUAACCCCUGCUAAUCAGCUGAUAAACAGGGGGUCCUGUUCUGAUUCAGGAAGGGAUUUGGGUCAAAAGCCCUGGCAAAGUGGCCCAAGGCAGUGCCUUGCAAGGUGAUUUGAAGUCUCCCCACUUAGGGACUUAAAAGCACCUUGCUCCUGAAGUCAGGUGGUUGAUGGGAGGAUAGCCUUGCCCACCUGUCAAAUUUUGCCUACAAGCUUGAUCCUGAUAAGGAGCUGACCUGUGGAGCCAAAAUGGGUUGCCACCUGUACACUGCAUUGAUAGGGUCUGUGCGUCCCAGCCAAGCUCAUGGGCUGCUUUCAGGAUCUUCCCUAGCAGGACAUUGAGAGCAACAGGAAUAGAUGGAGAGUGUCUGUCAGGAGACAUUGCCCCAGAGAACACCUUGCUCCAGGCAGCCUCUCUAGUAGGAGAAGAUGACAGUCUCUGGGAUCAUAGAAUCAUAGAACUGUGGAGUGGGAUCCCAAGGGUCAUCUAGUCCAACCCCCUGCCAUAUAGGGAAACUCAACUAAAGCAUCCAUGACAGAUGACCAUCUGACCUCUGCUUAAAAACCUCCAAGGAAGGAGAGUCUACCACCUCCUGAGGUUGUCUGAUCCACAGUCAAACAGCUUUUACUGCCCUAUAGUAUCAUAAUAAUAAUAAAUUAACAUUUCUGUACCAUCCUACAGUAGCUUUAUGCAUCCCCAGGUGAAAAGUGUCCAGUAGUUUGAUCAUUUUUUUUGGACAAAGUAAUAACCAUAAAUAAAUAAGAAUUAAAAUGUGCACCCCACCACCGAGACCAUUCCAUUGUAACUAUCCAACCUCCCAGAAUUUCAGCACCUCUUGCGAUGGUUUGACCCCUUUCCGUUUUAACAGUACAAAUUUUACAAAUAGCCCUUUAGAUAUUUGAAGAUGGCUCUCAUGUCUCCUCUCAGCCUCUCUUUUCCAGGCUAAGCAUACCCAGCUCCUUCAACCAUUCCUCAUAAGGCUUGGCUUCUAGACCCUUGAUCAUCUUUGUUGCCCUCUGCACACAUUGCAGCCUGUCAACAUCCUUCUUCAAUUGUUUAUGCAGGAUAUGCAGGACCCAAGCCGUGUAAAGACAAAAAUGAUGUGAUUUCACCCAGUCAGGUAGAGAGCCUUAAAAUAAAAGUUCUCAAGAAUUAAGUCUGCAUUUCCUUUUUCUGUAGGCCCUGGGACACCCGCUUGUUGGAUGAUUCAGAUGAAAUGAUGCGCAUCCUGCAUAUGUGGGUGGCGCUGUUUUAUAACAAGCCGUUCAGAUCCCCUACAAUAAGGAACGUGGUCGAACACCGCAACCCUCCCAAAUUCGUCUCACUGAGAAGCAUCGUGGAUGCCUUUGAAGUCAUCGACGACGAUUGCGAGGGGUCGUACAGUUUGGAGAAAUGCCCCGCGGACUCUCUAUCCGAUGAUAACCGGACGCCCAGAGAAGCAGACGAGAGGGCGGUUUCUUCCUCGGAGAAGCCCCUCUCCUGUAAUGAACUGUCCUCUACGAAUUGCAUUGAUGAGGCUCCCAUCGUUAUCCCUGAUGACCCCAGUGAUCUGCCUUUGGAGGAGGAGGAGGAAGAGUCCCAUGUUGCUGCCAGCAAACCUAAAGAGAAGGUUAAUCCUUCUGACAAAGUAAGAAAGACUUCGGUAGAUCAGCUCAGGCCAGAUGUCAGUGUUGGGCACGAGGCAGACGCUGAGUGCCAGGAGCCUGGCUGGUACACUUGGCACCAUUUAGCAGUGAGGGGCUCAGAGCUACAGCUGGGCAUAGCUACAUCUAUAAAACCAUAUGGGUAAUUUAACUUCAAAGCCUGGAACCUCUUGCAGUUUUUGAGAACUGCCUUAUAGCGACUCGGACCACUGGUCCAUUUGACUCAGUAUUACGCCGAGUUAACUACACUGACUGGCAAUGAUUCUCAAGCGUUUCAGACAUGAGCCUCUAUGCCCUGUCUGCAGAUGCCAGGGAUUCAAGCUGGGUUCUGUUUGCCUAGUGAGUGUUCUGCUACUGAGUUACAGCCCUGAUUUACCCAAUUUUCACUCAUGAAUGAGACUUGAGGUUGAGUCGAGAACCUGGAAGUUCCUCACCCAUGAUUGAUUGGAUUGAUUUGAUUUAUAUACCGCCCUCGAUCAUAAGAUCUCAGGGCGGUUCACAGAAUAAAAUGUACAGAGGUUCCUAAUAGACAUUUUUAUUGAUAGCCACGUGUCAACAUGUCCUCCAUGAUACCUUGGAAACUAUCUACAGUGGUACCUUGGGUCUCAAACUUAAUCCGUUCCAGAAGUCUGUUCGACUCCCAAAACCGUUCGAAAACCAGUGCUCGACUUCCGAUUGGCUGCAGGAGCUUCAUGCACUCAAACAGUAGCUGCGUUGGAUGUUCGGCUUCCGAAAAACGUUCACAAACUGGAACACUUACUUCCGGGUUUGCGGCAUUUGGGAGCGGAAUUGUUCGACAGCUAAGCCGUUCGAGAACCAACGUACCACUGUACGGAAAUUAAAGGGAAUUCGGCUUCAAAUGUAAGAAAAGCCCUGCCAAUUUCCCUUUAAUUUCCAUAGACAGCUCCCAUCAAUUUUUUCUCUUGUUGCUGUUAGUAGUAUGACAGUAGCCUCUACGGCAAAUUGUGUUGUAAAGCCCAUAGAGCAUGAUGUCCUUCCCCAGUGAACUUGGAACAACCAGCGGAGAUAGAAAGCCAACAUAAUACUUACUUAUUAAAUAACUGGGAUUAAAGAACCGUCUUGGUUCAGGGAGGAGGUCUGGAGAACAACCUGGGAAAUGGAAAAACCUCAUUUUUUGGGGCCCUAUUUAGCUGUUGGACAGUGUUAUAGAGCCGGCUGCCAUAACCUGUGACAAACACAGUGAUUCGAACUCUGCCCUUUGUGCUAACCAGAUUGAAUGGUGAAAACAAGGGAAGAUUGAUGCCUAGGCCACGAGGCAUGGCUAGCAGAGACUGUGCUUUGAUUUGUGACAAGUUGUGGCAGCUUAUUCUUGAAGCAGCACAGUGGGGUAAACCUUGAAGGAGCUCGAAAGGUAGGAGGGCCGAGGCUUUCUCAACUCCAGGCAGCGUGUGUUGGUAAACGUUUGCACCAUGCUGUGAUUUUGUUUUUUACUGCUCUAGGAUAGUUUGCAGAUUUAAAAAGCUAUGGAGAUUAAUUUUUUACUUUUUGCCUUUCUGUCUCUCUGAAUUUUUGAAACUUGGAAUUUUUAUUUCAGGUGGCUGUGGAGAAACCUGAUGAAGAACUCCCACCGGAUCCUGCCCUCUCCGCAGAGAGCCAGAGCAGAAACUUGACAGAUGAGCAUACCGAAGGGCGUUCGAGGCCUCAGGAGCGUGGAACUGAUGCGGAGGCAACUGCGAGUGUCGACUUAGCUGAGGUUUCCCAAAGCGAUGCUGCUUCCAAAGAUGCGGAAGUCCUGGAUAAUUCAGCCAACAAACAGCCUAGUGCAAACACGAUGGCCGGUGGCGUUUCUGCAGAGAAGAUUUCUGAAUUAAAGGCUUCCUCUCCUUCUGCAGGGGAGAAGGAGGACAGCCCACAGAGCGGGGGCGCCGUGUUGCUACGUCCUGCUGAAAUAGGCUGGUUAGAAGCAGACAGUGAUUGUGGGGAAGUCAACAAACUGUGUAGAGAGGGGAGGGGGUCACAGGAUCUCCCCGUAGAUGAGGAAGAUAUAGAAGGAGAGAGCACAGGGUGGGAAUCAAUUGAACUUGCUCUUUCGGACAGCAACGAUACUGACUCAGAGCCCCGAGAUAUGGACUUGGACCAAGAGAACAAAGAAGAGGAAGGCUGUGCAAUAGAAGACAGAGAAGCUGCCAGGGCCUCUACAUCCCCAGUCACUUUUCCACCAUCACCAGCCACAGUUUCCGAGCAUCAGGCAGAAUCACCUGGUACCCAAGAAGACUUUGUACUAUCAACCCCUAAUUCUGCAUCUCUAGACCCAACAGAUGCGGUUAAGGGUUUCUGCCUUUCAGAGGAAGAUAGAGAGGACAAUCUGUUUGAUUCCCUUCCAUUAAGGACUAGCCCUGUAAAUCAAAUAACCCACGAUGAAGUAGCCCAGUCUCCAGAGACAGAAGACGCCGUUGAAUUAGCCAAACAUCCCAUGUCUCCAAACCAAAUGGAUGUGGCUGAAAGCACCCGUAGGUCCCAGGAAGAUAACAAAACCAACCUAGAAGAUUCAGCUUCUGCACAAGCUGCUGGAUUAAAGGAUAUGGCAACUCGAGAAUCUGUAGAGAGCCGAGAUUCUAUUGUACUGGCAAACAGCCCCAAAUUUCAAAACCCAGUCGGUUCGGAUGAUACUUCCUUUGGUUCCACGGAAGAGAAAGGAAUGAAUCUGGCUGAUUCAGUUUCACCGGAGGCGAUUCCUAUCCAUCAAACAAGUCCUGAUGAUGUAAUGGAAUUGCCAACUACCCAGGAAGACUCUGCGGAAUCAACCAAACAUCACAUAUCCCUAAAUCAAAUGGAUUUGAUUGAAGACAUUUCCCAGGAAGAGGGUAACCUGACUGACCCAAGUCCGCUGCAAACUUGUGGACCGUGCCAAGUGCAUAGCAGCCCAUCAGUUCAAGGGGAAUCCACAGGGAAACAAGAAAAUUCUGCUUUAUCAGCUCCAAAUCUUGCACCUGAAAAAGAAACAGACUUGGUCGCGGGUUCCUGUGUUUCGCCGGAAGAGGAUGGAAUCCACAUGGCUGAUGUGGUUAAGUUGCAGGUUAGUCCUGUCUAUCAAGUAAUAUCUGAUGAAGAGGAAGACUUGCCGGGGAACCAAGAGCACUCAGCUGAAAAUAGCACACUCACAAAGCAAACGUGUUCAGCUGAGGAUUCCUGCAUCCCUGAGGAAAAGAAAGCCCUCCACCUGGUAGGUGUGGCUCCAUUGCAAGUGAAUGAACUGCGGUGCAACAUAGCAACUCAAGAGGAACGGAAGGCCAGGCAGACAACAGAACAACUUGGCAAUUCUCAGGGCCAGAGCUGGCAUUUGGAUAAUAAAGAAUUGGACACCAGUACUGACAAUCAAAAGUGUGGCAUUAACAGUGAGGACAUUGAAGUCUCUCCUGUGCCCCGAGAAUCGGCAUCUGAUGAUGAUAAGCUAAGCCAAGCUGUAGUUACUGUGCCUGAAGACAUCAGGUCCUUUCUCUAUGAGUUGAUAGACACUGUGAGUGGCAUGACGGCCGUGAGCAAAGAAACCGCCUUUGCGAAAGAGAAUCCAGCCUUAAACUGGAUUAGUUCCGUCACCCUUGAGUGUGUGACCCCUCCUGAGAGUGAUGAAGAGAGUUAUGCCACUGACAAGCUUGCCCAUUAUGACCCCAAAUGGGCGAUGACAGGUGACUCUUUAGCGCAGCCUAGUAACAAGAGAGACUCUCACAUGGCUGUACAAAGAUACGGGUGGUAUCAUUCAGCACUGCAGGGAAGCAUAAGUUCCGGUCAGGUGGAUGUGGCUGAAAGGAAGUCUCAUCAAGAGACAGGAGCUGCUACGGACACCCUUGAAAGUUCUUGCUGUCCAGAGUGGGAAGACACGGGCACAAGAAGUCCAGAACGCCAGUUCCCCUUGAUCCAAGCAGCUGCGUUGUGUGGGGUUGACCCAGGACAAGUUAGUUCGGAAGCAUCCAUGUUUGAGGACCAGCUCAGGAAGGCAGGCAGAGAAAUGCUGCCCUUUGUGCCGUCAGUGCGUCCUACGGAAUGUUUAUCCGAAGAAUCUGGGUCAUCUGCACAUAAAGACACACAUGAUCUGUAUGAAAACCCGGUGGAGAAUCUGGAGGACCCUGAAGAUGCUCCGGCCGGUGAAAGACCCAUGCCAUUUGUCGGAGCUACGGGCGUGAAUAUAAAUUGGGAAAAUAAAUGUGUUUCUGCGGACGGUGUCCCAGAACUUUGCGGAGAUGUCCAUCACAGAGGUCAGCCUGAGAUACCGUCUACAAGAUCUGCUGCCUCGCCAGAUGCCAUGGAAAUGAGUUGCGCCAGUGAUUUGAGCUGUGAGAACGAGCUUCACAAGGGUGAAGGCUGGAUGUAUCUGGAAAACAAGGUGACGGUGCCUGAUGUUGAGGCUGAGACUAUCCAGUAUGACUGGCUGUCCUCAUUCCGGGAAGGCGAUAGGCCCGUGCUGCCUUCUCCCGAAGAGUCGGGACCUCUAAAGGACUAUUUAAACUUUACUAUAACCAAGAAGCACCAAGAAAAAAACAGAAGCUUUCAGUCUUCCAAGAGGCGUAGCCCUUUUUUCGGAGAGCAGGAAUGGAAAAACUUCUCCGAUAGGGCUUGGAGGGUUCUGAACGACCCCAUUCAGAGCACUUUAGAUAUGGAGUGUUUGCGUUUCCACGAUAAGCUAAAACAUACCCUAAAGAAACCACAACCUCCUACCUCUGGCGAAGGUACUCCGGAGCGCUUGCUUCAGGUAACGGCAGAGACGUUGCCAUCGAGAAAGGUCCCUGAAGCUCCUGAGCUCAGUGUGCCACCCAGGAGCCGAAGCCCGCUUCUGAUAACUAUUUUGAAUCGGGGCCCGAGGCACGGUGCCCCACACAGCACCCCCAGGAGCAGACACAGCGACCCUUUUGAACCUCCUCCCCCGUUUGCUUCUGCCCAGGAAUCAGUGAGCAAUGCUGCUAGAACGAAAGGUCAAGGACAAGGGCCAGCCGCUCCUUUCCACCUCAAUAAGUUAACGUACAAUAAUGAGCUAAAGGAUUCCCGUGGAGACAUAUCGGUCAUCAUGGACGAGUUUGCCGAAUUGAGCAGGUUGAUGACGCAGGGCGACAGGCAGGCGAGUUUCGCGGCCAGAGAGCCAAAUCCUACCUCAGAAGAUGCUCUGGAGAAAAGGGGUCCCUCCUUGCCUCAGAGGACGACAUCCUACGAGCACCUCUUCACUGAACUCUGCAGCACACUACAUUUCAAGCUGAAAACGGUUGCCCAGGAAGCUUGCAAAAAGCCUUAUGCAUUCUACCUGGUGGAAACGGGCGACAGUCCUUUCUUUGGGAGACUAAAGGUAAGAUGUUUCACAUUUCGUUUUAUUAAUUUUUUUAAUUAUUGGUUUCCCACAAAUUUUUGCACACACCAACAAACAAACAAACAAACAAAAAUACUAACCUUAUUAAGACUAAUCUAAUUAACAUUGUUAAGCGACUUCCUCGUGUCCCCUUGGUUGAAUUUCAGUGUAUAUCAUUGUAAAGGUUUUCCAAAACCUAUAUUCUCAUAAAGUUAACUUAAUCACUUAACAUCUUUCUUACUUUCCUGAUCUAAAUUUCAACAUAUUAAUUUAUCACAUUACAUAUUAAAAUCCUAAGCCUAUCUGGUAUUUGCAAGCUUUUCCAGUCAAUUUAACUUAACAAAGAUGUUUCACAUUUUAAAUAUUGCACCAGGUUUUAGGCGUUGGAGAAAUCGGCAACGGGCGACGACUGCCCAGUGUGGAUGGAACGCUUGCUCUCGGCUACACUGUAGUUUGCAAAUCGGGAACCGGGCCCCUGUCUUGCACAUCCCUUAUCUCAGCCUGGGUUUCCAGCUCCCUUCCCUUAACAUAGGGAGCUCCCUUGCACUGAGUCAGAUGGUUGGUUCAUUUAGCCCACUGUUGUUGACUUGCAGUGGCUUUUCAGGGGUUCUGAAACCCGGGGGCUUCCUCAUGUAAAGCAAAUACCCUGACCCUGGCCUUUCCAGCGUUGUUGGUGUGGAAUGAUUCUAACCGGGGUUCCCCUCUGAACCGGGGUAUGCAAACCAGCUUCCAUCCCUGCUCAGGAGGGGAACCUUGGUUAGUGUUUGCGCAUGCUGAACAGUAAUACAUGAUUACACUGGGUGGCAGGGUGUGGGUGUGUGUGGCAGGAGGGAAAGAGGGAGGAUCACAGAUUCCAGAGGCAGGCCCAGGUUUCCACACCACAAUGUCCAGGGUGCCAGCACUGGAGUUUAAUGUUGAAAAUGGCAGCACCAGUGAGGGUGCCCCGGUAUCCCCUACUGAGGACCAGCCUCUAAAGGGCACCAUGUUGACAAAGGCUGGUCUGCUUCAUGGUGCAUCUCCUCUUUGCUGAUGGAGGUUUGGGCUAGGUGGCUUUUGAGGUCCCUUCUGGCUCUGAUUCUCUGGGUGUUCAGUCAUUCUGGGGCUCUAGCAUUAAAAAAACAAAAAACCCAAACCUACUCUCGGCUGUCCAUGUCCCCCUCCUCCCUUUGCUUUCGUUUAAAAAAGGAACAUCAUAUUUAAUGUGCAGGACUUGAUUGUAUGGAAAGUGCUUUUGGGUGGGAUUCUGCUGCAGUUAACAGCCUUGGGCGAAUCUCCCAUUUCAAGAGAGGAGAACAGGACAACAGAAGUGUGAUAUUAGCAGAAUAGUGUUGGACUCUGACCUGGGAGACCAGGAUUCAAAUCCCCACUUCAGCCAUGAAGCUCGCUGGGUGACCUUGAGUUGCUCCCUGUCUCUCAGCCUAUCCUACCUCACAGGGUGGUUGUGAGAAUAAAUGGGGGAGGGGAGAGAAAACCAUGCAGACCACCUUGAGCUCCUUGGAGGAAAAGCUGACAUAUAAAUGGAACAAACAAAUAGCAAUGAACACGAUGGAUUUUGUUUGUACUGGAUUAGAGGACUCGUCUCUGUCCCUUACCUGCAGAAUUAUCCUGAAUUUCUGUUGCUGCUUGAAGACGCAGAAAAACUCUGGUUUUGUUUUCAUUUUUGCUUUUAACUGUGAAAGCAGCCAUUCUGGUUUUGGUGAUGGGUUUUUUUAAACGUUAUGUUUCAGAACUCGCUGAAAAAAGGGAGUCAUGUGGAAAUGAAGCCUCUGCAUUUUUGUAAGACAAGCCACCCCGAGGGAGACAGACUGAUGGUCAUCAUUAGGAACGAGGACAUAUACCCACACAUAUAUAAAGUAGGUUCAAAAGUGCCUUUCCUGUGUGGCACAGGAAAAACAGCUUCCGGAUAUUAAAACCUGGUUCUCUUCCCUCGCACUGCCAAAUGCUUCUAACGUUCCCCCUCCCUGGUGAUUCAGUGCUUUACAAAACAUGGGAAGCUGCCUUUGUAUAGGCAGACUUUCGGUUCAUCAAGCACAGUUUGUCUACACUGACUGGCAGCACCUUUCCAGGGUUUUGCACAGAGGACCCUCUGGGCUGUAUCUGGAGAGGCCAGGAAUUGGACCUGGGUUCAGUUCUGCAUGCAGAGCAGACCCUCCGCCACCAGUAUGACGUUCGGUUCACGAUACCGGUUCCCAGCCGUCGCCAGCACUGGGCGUAGCAUUCGACUUCCUGCUAAUUUUGAACCGCAGCCUUCACUGAGGCAAGUUUCCAGUCCCUGUGAGGUUGUGAAAGAGAAGCUUGCUUACAGUGCAGUAAGCAUUCUGCAACUUUGCUCGAUCAUACAGGUGGCAGGAUUCCCCUCUGCGUCACCCUAAAUUUGGAAGGCUGAACAAGUUUUAGCAGGGAAUACACAGGCCUGAUUGCUAUAUGUUGUGGGUAGGAGUUCCUGUUUCUGUGUGUGCCUUCCUCCCAAAGUCUGAGAAGGGUCAGAUCCAGUGGCGGAGAGCAGGCGGGGGCGUGGCUGGCGCACGUCCUGGGGGUGUGGCGUGGCGUGCCGCCUGCGGGGGUGGGGGGAAGCCGUGAUGGCACCCACUGAGAUUGCGCUGCCAGGGGUGGUGUGCUCCCCCCGCACCCCUCGUCCUCUGCCAGUGGUCAGAUCUCCUGCUUGUGCACCCGGUGCCACCCUCUGCCCACCCGAGGGAAAUGUAACCGAUGGACCAGUGCUGAACCCGAAAAAACAUUUGUCUCCUGGGCAGAUCCCGUCCUUGCUGAGGCUAAAGCGCUUUCCCAGCGUGACCUUUGUGGGAGUGGACAGCCCUGAGGACAUCUUUGACCACACGUAUCAGGAGCUGUUCCACAACGGGGGCUUCGUGGUGUCUGACGACAAAGUGCUCGAGGCGAUGACAGUAGGUGAGAUGUUGCGCCCAGUGUGCCAGUUCCGGAAAAGCACAGCUUUCUGGAGGUGGUGUGUCUUUGGAAAUGGUGCACAGGGAUUGUUUCCUGUGAUUGAAUGUUGUGGCAGUAUAAAUAGAAGCAAACCUCCCUGCGAGCAUGUCAGGGAGAAUAUGUCUCCUCGUAUUAAAUAUUUGUCUUCCGCUCGUAUCUCCCUUAGAUGUGGCCUGGUGCAUCUCCCAGUAGUAUGGUGCUUUGCAGUGCUAUGUAUGAAGUCCUAAACAGUUUGGUACCAAAUACCUGAAAGAGCAUCUCACCCGAUACCAGCCACCUUGGGCCCUGCAAUCAGGAUGGAAGCCCCGAUGCUGGCCGUGCUGCUGUGCAUCGCCCUCCCGGGGUUGACCCACGACAGGGCCUUCUCAGUGGUAGUUCCCUGCUUGUGGAACACCUUCCCUGCCGAGGUGUCUCGCUCAUUAUUAACAUUUUGGAGGGACCUUAAAACGUUCACCCCGAUAUUUAAUGGCUGAAAUACUGUUCCUUGGCACCUUUGAAAUUAUUAACCUUUAAGGAUACGUGACUUAUUCCCCCCCCCCAUUUAUUAAUUUCUUCAGGGGGGUUUUUUCCUUCAAGGGAUGGGAUGGCUUUGCUGUUUUGUGGGCUCCUUUGAGAGGAAGGGUGGGGUAAAAAUCCAAUAAUACGGAGGAUGAUUCAGUGAACGGCGACAGUGGCAAUAUUGAUGGCUUAGGACCGGCAGCCUUAAUAACCGGGGCUCCCCAGCUGUUACCAUGUGACAGCGGAGACGGAACUCUAGGCAGCCAAACUUCGUAGUUUUCACUGUCCUGUUGUGCUGAUGCUCUUCCUGCAGGGGAGCUUAAGGACGCUGUCAAAACCUUGGAGAAGCUCAACUGCAGCCACGGGAGAUGGAGCUGGCUCCUUCACUACAAAGAGACCAAGAGACUCCGAGAGGACGCCAGGUGAGGACGACUCUGGCACUGACUAAAUCCCUUCUCCCUGCUAAAUCCCUGCAGAGUCCUCGUUCCCCCGCCUGCCGGGAUGCCUUUGCUACCCCCCCCCCUUGCCCAUGCAAGCAUGUAUUCAUUUCCUUACUCCCUAUAUUUACAGACUGCCCAGUUUCAAGCUCUCAGGUAACAACAAAGACCGUUUAAAACCGCAGUUUACUGAAAUGAUCAAAUAAAUUGAUUGAGGCCUUGGAUGCAGACACUGGGGAUAUCCUUCCUCCCCUAUGCACGCAGCCAGGCCCUGAUCCGUCAGUGCUUCCAUGUGCCUUCCCUCCUCCUGAGUAGCUUCCGUGGACAGUUCAGCAGCUGCCUUGAAGUUCCUGCCUGGCUCUCUGUCUCCUCUGCUGCUGUGGCUCCGUACAUCUGAGGUCCAGCCAGGAACCCAGGCAGUGGCCAUGGGGGCCUCUAGUCUGGGGUCAGGGGUGUCUGGCUCUGCUGCACUGGAGAUCCACUUGAGGAUCCUGCUUUCUUUUGUUGCUCCUUAGGAGGAGGUCUGAACCUGGACAGAACUGGUCUCUGGUUUGAGGACAUUACCUAACCACGUUUCCCCUGAACGCUGCUUCCAAUCACAUGCCUGCAGUGGGCUUCUUGGCCUGAGAAAGAGAUCCACUGGGUCCCAAAAGCCUGCAAGCCCAACUCUCUCUGCAGUGUAACACUCCCUUGCAUGUGCCCUGCUUCGCCCUGCUGCUGGCUAAAUGAAAAGUAUUCGGUUCCUCUGAAUUUCAGCACAUGGAACUCCCAUAGGAUAUGCCUGCAUUCUUAUUCAUUUAUAUAAUGUCGUUAGCUCAAGAAGCAACUCUCUGGGCAGCAUCCUGCAUUGCAGGGGCUUGGACUGGAUGACCCUUGGUGUCUGUUCCCAUUCUACAAUUCUACAAUUCUGUGAAUAAGAGGUGUGCUUUUGGGGCACAGUCCCAAACUCAAAGCUGUUUGGGACCAAACUCCCUUGACGUUUUGUUCUCCUGCAGGAAGGACCCUGCAGCUCACGCCAAGGAGAUGCUCCUGAAAUCCUGCCAGGGUUCCAACAUCGCCGAAGUUCUCCACUACCAUCAGUGCGAUUCCAAGUCUUCCCCGAGAUCUGAGCAUCUGAAUUGCUUGCUGAACUUGCAGGUUCAGCACAUCAGCAGGAGAUUUGCCGUGUUCCUCACAGGUAGGGAGAUCUUGCCAUAUCCUGGCUGUGGGGGCACUUCUCAUGUGGAUAUCUUCUUCUCUCCCCCACCCCCGCAAAAAAACCCCCCACAUUUUCAGGGCAGUGUGAAAAAGGAUGUGCAGACAAGCAGCCUUUGUGGGUCCUGGCCCUGCUGAGAGGGGCUUUCCACUGCCUUGAGCUUUUCCAGAAUUUCCAGAGGUUUAGAGUAUUUCUGAAUGGCAGAGCAGCCAAUGAGACCAUAAUGGGAUCGUUAGGAAAUGGGAUCGUUAGGAAAGGGGUUGAAAACAAAAGUGUCGGUAUCAUAAUGGGAUUGUGCAAAUCUGGGAGUUGUAGUCCAAAAGCAGCUGGAGAGCACUAUGUUUGCUUUCCUGAUAGAGAUCUGGUCUUAAGGCACACAUGGGCAUUUUGGGUUCCUGCUUCCCAGCUGGGACGCACCCCUUCUCUGUUACUGCCGAUUGACCAGAGAUAUUGCUUUAAGACAGGGGUGUCAAACUCAAAUUCAUCGGGGGCCGCAUCAGCAGUUUGGUCACCCUCAAAGGGCCAGUUGUAUCUGUAGGACUUUAUCAAAGUUAUUUUUCCUUAGGCACUGGUGUGUGUUGUCUUGAACCUAUACACUAUUUAAUACACCUAUUCCAGUACGAUUUUCAAUAAGAAUAGAAGAAGAAAUAAUAAUGAUUUUUUAAAAAGAUGACGAGAUGGGCUUCCAGGCAGACUGGAGCUCCAAUGGGGAGGAGACAGGAGCCUGUCCCAACAGAGCAGAGCAGAAGCAAAUGUUGCCUCCCCCCGCCCUGCCGCCGCACUCAGGAGUCGGAGGAUACGGAGCUGCAGUUUGGACAGCAGCAGUUUCUUCCUUGCAAGGGAGCCCCAGCGGCACUGCAGGCGCGGGUGGCCAGGAUGUCCUGCUGGGGCCCCGAGCUGCUGCAGUUGUUCACGGGGAGGGGGCUAUCCGCCAAGUCCUCCAGCCCGGAGAAAGCCGAUGUGUUGGCGUGGGGAGGGGGGCGGUGUUUCGUAGCCAGGCUCCCGCAGCCAAGUUGCUGGCAGGCUCCCACUUUGCUCCAGCUGCCCAGAUGCCGGCGCGGUCCUCUUCGGGGUGGGAGGUGCCCCUGCUUUGCAGUGUGGCACACCGCCCGCCCGCCCGGCUCCCUCCACCCCACUCAGCGCAGCUGAACCGGCAGCAGCUUCGCCUCUCCCAGCCCAGCCGGGGCGCGCCGCCUGCGGCAAGACAUGCGCCGGGUCCCCGUUCUUCACUCGCCUCCGCCGUUCCCUUCCCCGCCUGCCGGCCCCACUACUUACCCACCAGGGCGACCCCCAGCCAGCCCCGCCGCCCGCGCCCCGGGCCAUCUCCUCGCCAGCUGCAGCGCCACAGUGGCCUCUUCUUGCGGCCCGAGCGAGUGGCGUCCCAAGCGUGGCUCUCGCUCCCUGCCCUCGCUGCCAGCCUCCGCGGCUCUCAGGCUCCAAAAGUUGCCGCGCGCGCGACCCGCCACCUCGAGCAGCUGCGCCUGGGAGGCUCCGAGGGGCGGAGGCAGCCAGUUCCAAGCUCUGCUUCGCGGGACCGCCUCCUCCGCAGCGAGCCCCGGCCUGGACCGAGCGAGCAGAAAGCCUCUUUGCCCUGCCCGCAAGGCAGGCGAAAGUUGCAGGACCGGCCGGUAGGCAGUGCCGACGGGGCGCGUCUGUUGGAGCCCUGUCUGCAAGCAGGCAGGGAAGGCUGUUCGCGUGGGUCACUUUUUAGAAAGGCAGAGAGCCUCCGCCGGAGUGCAGACCCUAAAAUCUGGGUCGGGACCAGUAAAAAGGACGAGAAGCUCGCUUCCUCGCCCUUGAUGCCACGGGCCACAUGACGAGGGCUGGCGGGCCAGAUUCGGCCCACGGACCUUGUGUUUGACACCCAUGCUUUAAGAGGAGUUUCACAAGGCCAAAACUGAUCAAGCAUUUCCCCCAACCAACUCCAUCCCCACAUACCCAGAGUUGACCGAGCUCCCUGGAAUUAUCUUGUUGGGAAGCCAUCUCACGGCGUUGUAUAUUUUGCAGAGGUAGCAGCAGUAACAUCUUUUUUCAUUUGCUCCUUAUAGAGAAACCCAGCGCCAGCCGAGAGGCCAUGGAGAAUAAGGGGAUCCUGGUGCUGGAUGUAAAUACUUUCGUUGCGACGGCUGAAAGUUUGGCAGCACCGUUUAGAAGUGGCUGUUGGUAAGCGGGAAGCCCCGGGGUCGUUUUUUGUACUGGGGAGCAGCGCAAAUGGAGAAAACUGGAAGGCUUGCUAGCACCAGCCUUAGAAGGCGGGCGGAUUUCAAGAGUGGCAGGCGUUGUGAGCGCUCCCUAUUCUGCCCCUCUCCUCGCUUUUUUUUUAGACCGGGGGGUUGGAACUGCUUUCAACCAAAGUCCACAGUCCCUUCUGGGCACUGAAUGGGGUGGGCGGGGCCAAAUGCAAAAGUGGGAGGAGCAAGAGGGAUGAUCACUUUAGGGACACUUUGCAGCCAGACCAAAAUGCUUUGGGAUGUGCAAAGCGUGGGCUGGGGAUAAAGAGCCUGUAUUGGGGAUGAGUCAUAGGAUCACAGAGCUGGAAGGAGUUCUGAGGGCCAGAUGAAGAAGUUUGAAGAGUCCGCAUUUGACCCCUGGGUCUGAGCACAGGGUUUUAGAGCAAUAUUGCUUACAUGAGUUGGUACAAUGCCCCAGAGUGAUGAAUCAGGAAGGCCCCGGUUCAAACCCCACCUCUGCCUUGAACUCCAAAGGGGGCCCUGAAAGCACCCCCCUCCCUCUGCUCCUCCCCAUAGUUGCAAUUUGAGGUUGAUAAAAUACUGAGUUCCCUUACAUUGGAAGGAUUAUAGGGGAGGGGGCAACCUUAGGAGUCAGCAGAUAUCGUUGCUCUCACAGCAUCCUUAUUGAACAUGAAGAAGAAGUUUGGAUUUGAUAUCCCACUUUAUCACUACCCAAAGGAGUCUCAAAGCGGCUAACAUUCUCCUUUCCCUUCCUCCCCCACAACAAACACUCUGUGGGGUGAGUGGGGCUGAGAGACUUCAAAGAAGUGGGACUAGCCCAAGGUCACCCAGCAGCUGCAUGUGGAGGAGUGGAGACUCGAACCCGGUUCACCAGGUUACGAGUCUACCACUCUUAACCACUACACCACACUGGCUCUGGGAACUAGAAUCUCAGCAUCUGGUUGCUCACCCCACCUCAAGAAAGUGCAUGCAUGUGAAAUGCUUUGAGCACUAAAGCACCAUAAAAAUACUAAAAAUAUCGUCCUUGUUUCUGAUGCCGCACUGCGAACAGAACGGUUGAAGGGCUCCACCUGGUGGUCUGUGAAAGACCUGCACCCACAGCCCAGUUUUUUUCUGCCUCUCUUGUGUCUCCAGCCCAGGUGCAUCUUCAUUACUUUUUCCAUUCUGUGGGGCCUCCUCCAAAGAGCUCAGUUCAGCAUACAUGAUUAGCCCCUGCUGUUUUAUUCUUGCAGCAGCUAUGGGAGAGAAGGGGGCUGGCCGAAUGUCAGCCAGUGAUCUCCUGGAUUGACGGAUAUUUGAACCUGGAUCUGACAUCCACUUCAUCUGCUUGUGGAUGUUUUGAUGAUUAGAACACCUGCAGUAUACGCAUAUGAAUUACCGUGUUUUUCGCUCUAUAGGACGCACCAGACCAUAGGACGCGCCUUGUUUUAGAGGGGGAGAACAAGAAAAAAAACCUCCCCCUCUCUGCUCAGCGCCCCUUCAGCGUAGCGGCAGGAGAAACGGAGCCCCUUCUAUUUCUCCUCCCGCUUGGCUGAAGAGGCGCUGCGCAGCUCUCCCUCUCUGCUGAAGCCGGGAGAGUCUUGCUCUCCCAGCUUCAGCAAAAGGAACCCAAAGCCUUCGGAGCGUAGCGUGAGUUCCUGCUGCACUCCGCAGGCUUCAGAUUCCUUUCACUGAAGCCAGGAGAGUCUAUCCCUGAAGCCUGGAGAGCGAGGGGUCGGUGCGCACUGACCCCUCUCGCUCUCCAGGCUUCAGCGAAAGCAAUGCAAAGCCUCCGGAGCACGGAGGGAGAGCUCCCUCUGCGCUUUGGAAGCUUCGCAUUGCUAUCGCUGAAGCCAAGGAGCCUGCAUUUGCUCCAUAAGAUGCACACACAUUUCCCCUUAAUUUUUGGAGGGGGAAAAGUGCAUCCUAUAGAGCAAAAAAUACAGUAGGUUUCAACCAAGGUUUCCCAAACUUGGGUCUCCAGCUGUUUUUGGACUAUAGUUCCCUUCAUCCCUGCUAGUUAGGGAUGAUGGGAACUGUAGUCCAAAAACAGCACAAGUUUGGGAAACCCUGAUUUAAAAUAAGGCAGUGGGCUGGUUGUGAUGGAAACUUUCGUCUGGAGGGCCAGUUUCCCCAUCCCUGCUGGAGAUGUUGAGUUGAAAGGGGAAAUGUCUGUGCAACAGGAGACACCUCAAGGACACCAGCAAGCAAGACUCUGACCAUUGAGAUGCUGCUGGAAACAAAAAUACUGUUUGAACUCAGACCAAAAGUAUACUGUAUUAUUCUCCCCCUAAUUCAAGAGGAUGUUGAAUUAUGGCAGACUGUGCCUUUUGUGUAAUAACAUCUCCUCCCUGCUCCGUAUCAGUUUGCCAUUUUGAAAUACACAGCAGCAUCAAGAGUGGUCCUUACUGUGAUGUGUGUCCCUUUAUUUUAGGUAA